GACAAGAUUUCAAAAACUAAUAAUUCUACUUGUUUAAUCGAAAAAUAUUCUCCAUAUUUCAUUUGGGAUGCCUAGGUUUAACCGUCUUCACUCAUGAAUUACCCAACUUACUUUUGUUUUAUUCAUCGCAACCAAUACAAAUUAAAGCAAACAACCAUAGACACCAGGCAAACUCAGUCGGCCUCACGAAACUAUCAGUUUGUCAGUCAGUCAGUCAGUAUCCACCUCAGCUCGGAUCCGAGAAGGCCACGCCCAGCAGUACUCUACCCCAGUGGUAUACUGCUCCUCACAUUGCACUAAGCAAGCUUUGAAUUCGAUCCUGAAUAAACAGAAAGGUGAAAAUCGUGCACAACUUUCCGGGAACUGGACGUCAAAACAUGUGAACAACUUAUGGGAAUGUGAUAGCAGAGAAUAAAAAAAAGGUUUUUUGCUAGAUGGUGGAACGGAAGUCAAGUCGAAGAGAAAGUUUUCGGUAAAUAAACGGAACAGAAAACGUCCGGAGAUUGUUUGUUUCAUAUGUGCACUUGUUUGGUGUGAGGGGGACGCGAUGAAGUUGAAGGGUCUGGAUUAUGCGGAAAUUAUCGAAAGCUUUACCAAUCGCUAUGAAACCAUCGUUAAGAAGAUGCGCUUCCAACAGCGCCAGCAGCAGGAGCGAGACCAGCGCAAGGUGGACAUGAUAUCAACCGGCACCAAAACGGCCACCAGUUCGACAAUCACGGCGAAUCAACCGGGUGUAAAUACCAGUAGCACCCUUCGUUCCACCACCGUCAGCGCCUACUCAUCCACGACAGUGACCACUGUUGCUAGCAGCAACACAACUAGCCCCAGCGCCUCCGGACCUACUGAUCUCUCGGCAACACUUGGUGCAGGGAAAGUCCGGCAGAUGUUUGACGAACGACGGGCCCAUCGAGGGGCGGGAAUCGAUAAGAGUUACCCGUUGCAACCCAUCCAGCCGAAAGUGGUUGCCAGCAGCAAUAACAGUAACAAUAACACCAGCGGCAUCAGCAAUGGGAUGGCCAAUGGAAACGGACCGAGAUCGGGUGCAGCAGCAGCAGGCGGUUUGAAUAACAAAACACGUGUUCCGCCGAUUUCGGCGAAUACGAGGGCACGUCUUGCGUUACAGGCACGCCAGCAGGAAAACGGAAAUGAGGAGAUUCCCAAAAAUACCACCUUUGACGACAACGAGAACUUACUGGAGGAUGAGAAGUUUCCAGACACCAUCUCGUUGGACGAUGAUUCCUCCUUCGCCACCCUUUCCAGCGGACAUCAGAUCACCCGAAAGCUUCCGAAUGUUGGCAAAUCGAACGUGGCGGUUUCACAACCGAACGUCAACAGCCUUAAGCUGAAACCUGUUCCGGGUCGUGCACCGACUGGGGCUGGUAUAAAACCGGCUAGUACACCGAAACUGGUUCCGAAAAAAACCUGUCCCGCAGCAUCGGUACCACCGUCAUCAUCGAGCCCCUCGCCAACCGGUUCACGUAGUUCACAACCCAGCUCCGCCAAAUCCUCCACUUCGAGAGCAUCGACGUCGGGAAAAACGGCAGCGAUGGCCCUCUCCAGACGAAAACCAUCAACGGCAUCCUCGACUCUCUCAGCCACCGGAUCGCUGACCCCAUCGGCUGCUGGCUUUUCCAUCGAUGGCCCAACACCGGUGGGAUUGACACGGUGCAGCAUCUGCAAUCGGAACUUUGCAGACGAACGGAUUGCGAAACAUCGGGAAAUUUGCAUGAAGACCAAGAGCAAAAAACGAAAGGUAUUCGAUACGACCAAACAGCGCGUCGCCGGUACGGAAGCGGAAAAGUAUCUUGGCAAAAAGAAACCGGGUGCGGGCGGCAGUAAAAAAUCGAUUUCAGCACCGGCUGGUGUUGGACCGACUGCCGGCGGUUCCGAACGGCGAAAGAGUGACUGGCGCCGGAAGCACGAGGAAUUUAUCCAGGCAAUCCGGGCGGCUAAGGAAAUGCAAGCUCAUCUGGCCAGAGGAGGAAAGUUGUCGGAUUUACCGCCGCCGCCACCCUCCGAGAACCCCGACUAUAUCCAGUGUCCGCACUGUUCUCGUCGGUUCAAUCAGACUGCCGCCGAACGACACAUUCCCAAGUGUGCAAACAUGUUGCACAACAAACCGAAACCGAACCAGCCCAAGGGGAAGCGAUUUUAAGCGGAAUCGAAGUUUUAUUUGUUAUUCGAUGUUUGGCCGAUGAAACUUGUUUUAAUAUAUUUUGUGUACUGUUUUAAUGGGUCAGAGAGAUGUUGAGCUAAACUCGAUAUAAAUUAUUAACUUAUUGUAAUGCUCGCAUUUUUUCAAUAAAAAUCAAAAAUAAUCAAGUUUAACAUUUGAUACGAGAAGUUAGGGCUUUUUAACGGCCUUUGCCGCUUUCCUAAACCACUUUGCAACUGCAUGAUUAAGCUUUUGAAAACAAAUUUGAUACGAUACAUUCGUUUGUGGCUGUGCUGUAUUCGGAAAAGAAAUGACUAGAAAUAUAUAUGUAUAUGAAAGCAUA